AGGAGGUGCUUUCAUUUGGUUUUGUGAUACUCAUUGCCUGCCGCGCUUUCUUGUCGUUGCCUCACUUCAUCAAAUCCCCACAAAGUAUUCUCAGCGAUCCAACAAACACGUGCAAUCACCGACAUUAUUUGCGGAAACAUCAGCAGCCAAAGAAGAGAAGAUCCACAUCAGAGACGCGAAGCUGGUUUCUGUAAUUGAAGCACCGUUGGCCGUCUGUGCAGUCUUGCAUUCAAACAAAGGAGAAAUACACGAGUGAACACGGGCUGCGUUGACUGUUAAUCUGCUCAACCAUGACCACAAACUAUGAUGAUAGCAUGGUGGGUCGCGCCCACCUCUCUGCGGAGGAAGAGAACAAACUUGUCGAUCGUCUCUACUCACAAUCACUGUCCCGCAAGGAGGCGACGCUGGCGGAGCUGCAGGCGCGCUACUACCCCGUGGCGGCCCCGCUCACCAUCUCCAGCGAGGCGCUGCAGAAGAGUGUGAAGCGGCAGGUGGAUGAGGAGAUGGAGCAGCGCCGGCAGCGACGAGCCGUGAUGGACGCGACGGCCGCUGCGGCAGCCACGGGCUACGCCAAUCGCCGCGACCCAAAGGUGGCAACGCAGGCUACAAUUUCUCCCGAGGAGGUCGAGGUGAGCGUGCGCCGGAUGUACGACGAAACGCUUGCGCGCAAGAAGGCGAACAUGGCGGAGAGCGAGAAGCGCUACGCUUUUCAUCCGGAGGGCGUCACAUCGAAGAAGAUGCCGAAGGACGAGUUCCAAGCCUCUGUGGAGCGGAUGAGUAAGCCGAAGAAGACGGAGUUCACUACUGCUGAGAUCAACAAAAUAUACGGUCUGUAG